UCCGCUUCUUCGAGACACUGUUUUUCCGUCCCGGUUGACCCUUUUCCCUUUUGGCGCGAGAAGAGCAAGCCCCCCCCCCCGUGAUACUCAACCAACUGUAAUCAAUCAAUCAAUCUUCAGCGAUGGCAUCCGUUUCAGCUCCCACCCCUAAGCUGGAUCGCUAUAUUGUCAUCCAUGUCGCAACCACCUGCGAUGAACAUGGCGUCUACGUCACCAAAGAUUCGGCAGAGGUGAUCGAAUUGGGGUGGAUUUUGUUGGAUGCCAAAACCUGCGAGGAGUUGCACCGUGAAAGUGUGCUCGUCAAGCCCGUCAACACCCCCAUCACGCCGCUUUGCACGAGCCUGACAACUCUGACAUGGGAGCACGUCCGCUCGGCAGGUACUUUCCGCGAUGCCAUCGCCCGUUUCGACGAAUUCGCCAAGGAACACCUUAUCAACAAAAACUUGGAGUUUGCUUUCGUGACGUUGGAUUCGUGGGACCUUCGUGUACAGCUCCCUCGUGAAGCCCGAGACAAGGCCGUCGUUCUUCCCGCAUAUCUCCAGCAUUCCCGGACCUUCGAUCUGCGAACCGAGUAUCAGAGAUGGCAGACUCAUCACCCCGAGUCUCUACCCUUCGGUCCCAGUUCCCUCUCCAACAUCUGUGCCGCCCUCGAAGUUGAACCCGUUCAAACCUCCGCCCCCAUCAAACACAACCUCCCCUUCCACCUGCAGGCGCUGGCCCCCGCAUCACCACGACGGGCCAUGGAGGAAGCCAUUACGCUGGCUCGCGUCCUCCGCGGCUUGAUUCGCAAGUCUCAGCCCCCUCACGAGCACCCCGAGAUCUUGACCCGCCCCAUGGAUGCGAGAGCAGACGUUCGUGCCUUCCUGGCCGAACGGAGCAAGGUGCUGCAUUUGAGCGGUCUUCCCCACGAUACCACCCAGUCUGAGCUCGAAAGCUGGUUUACACAGUUCGGCGGCCGUCCGAUCGCCUUCUGGACCCUCCGGACUCCGGAUCAGCACAAGCCUACCGGCACUGGCUUUGCGGUCUUCUCGUCUCACGAAGAGGCUGCAGAAAGUCUCUGCAUGAACGGUCGUGCACUGAAUGAGAAGGCCAUUGAGGUCUCACCUUCCUCUAGCCGUGUGCUCGAUCGUGCCGCAGAGAUUCUCACCCCAUUCCCUCCCUCGAAGAACCGCCCUCGUCCCGGCGACUGGACCUGCCCCUCCUGUGGAUUCUCCAACUUCCAGCGCCGUACCGCUUGUUUCCGUUGCUCGUUCCCUGCCAUGGCCGCUGCUCCGGAUCCGAUGGGUUAUGGGGGUUUCGGCUACGGCCCGCCCUCCAUGAUGCCACCUCACAUGGGUCACGGUCACGGUCACGGUAUGGGCCAUUCUCGUGGCAUGGGCGGCAACGGUGGUGUGGUUCCCUUCCGUGCGGGUGACUGGAAGUGCGGUUCGGAGGGUUGUGGCUACCAUAACUUCGCUAAGAACAUCAACUGUCUGCGUUGUGGUGCACCCCGCUCGGGAGCCGCCGUGGUUGCGGACUCCGCUUUCCCAUCGCCCAUGGACCCUCCUUCGGGCUUUGGGAUGGGCCCUAACUCCAUGGCGAGCACCCCGGCACCCGCCCCCUUUACCUCCACCGCAGGUGGCUUUGGUGGAUUCACCCAGCAGUUUGGAGCGCCCCCGAACAACUACGCUCUCCCCUCGGCGCUGGGCAGUGGCCCUGGAGGAUACCCCCCUAUGGGUCAGAUGAACGCCGGCUACGGUUCUAGCAAUACCUCUCACACCGCCGCUUCUUUCGCCAACCCAGCUACACAGGCCGCUUUCACCGGAGCUGACCACGCCACCUCCACCAGCGCUUCGAACGGCGCUUUUUAUGGGGCGGAUGGGUCCAACGAUCCCUUUGCCUUCCUGUCCACCGGCUUGGGCGGCCUGUCGGUCGGUGACGACGGUCACUCCCGCCGCAACGGUACUGGUGCUAGCAAGUCUCCUGCUUAAAGUCACCGCGGUGAAUCUUUAAGGCGGGGUGGUUGUACUAUUUCCAUUCUUCUGUGACGGAAACCCCAUUUUAUGUUUGUGAAUAUGGUCAUCUAGAUUGUCGGUAUAUGUGACGGUUGAAUCUCGUUGAUGCGCGUUU